GUGUGCCAGGAAGUAACCGACAAAAGAAAAAGCCAUCUGCAAAUACAACAGGUAGGACAACUAUCCCCAGCAGCAGUGGAAACAAUCUACCUUCCAAACAGUGUAACUCCAGCCUGUGACUAAGAACCAGAGGGGCAUCUACACCAUGGCAAGCUCACCAGGCCAGCAAGAAACAGACAGCAAAAAGCUAAAAAAGAGCCAAGAUGAAUAUGAGAACCACACAGAAACUGAUGCAAUCAUCUCAAGGACAGCAGCAUUGGAUCCAGCUGCAGAAUAUAAAAUGAACAAUGUAAAGCGAGGCUUGGCCUUGAUCUUUAACCAUGAAAGGUUCUACUGGCAGUUAACCUUGCCAGAAAGACGUGGAACUAAUGCUGACCGAGACAACCUUCAUAGAAGGUUACAUGACCUUGGGUUUGAAGUAAGAGUGUAUAGUGACCUCAAAGCAGUGGAAGUGUUUGAAAAAAUACACGAAGCAUCCACAACAGACCACAGUGACUUUGACUGCUUCCUCUGUGUGUUCUUGAGCCAUGGAGAAGAUAAUCAUGUGUAUGCUUAUGAUGCACAGAUUGAAAUCCAAAGGUUGACUAGUCUAUUCAAGGGUGACAAAUGCAAGAGUUUAGUGGGGAAGCCAAAGAUUUUUAUAAUCCAGGCUUGUCGGGGAAAUCAACAUGAUGAGCCAGUCUUGGCAACGGAUUGUACGGAUGGUGUUAUCGACGUCCCUGACACCAAUGUAAUUGAAGUGGAUGCUGCAUCCGUGUACACAUUGCCUGCUGGUGCCGACUUCAUUAUGUGUUACUCUGUAGCAGAAGGCUACUAUUCACAUCGUGAAACCUUAUUUGGCUCCUGGUAUGUUCAAGAUCUGUGUGAAAUCCUUAAAACGUAUGGAACAACAUUGGAACUGACCGAACUUCUAACUUUGGUGAAUCGGAAGGUGUCUCUGCGCUCUGUGGAAAAUUGCCUUGACCGUAACGCAAUUGGAAAAAAACAAGUGCCGUGCUUUGCAUCCAUGUUAACCAAAAAGCUCUUUUUUAAACCAAAGCAGAAUUGA